GGAGCUCUGCGCAGCGCAGGGCGGGGCGACGCCGCGCAGCAGCAGCUUCAUCCCGGCUGACCGACACCGACCUCCUGCUCGUCUCCGGGCCGCGGCAUGGACCCCGCAGCCCGGCCCGUUUUCCCUGGCUCCCAGCAGGUCCGGUUCGGCUAAAGAUGCGCAAUUAGAGGUGCGCAGCAGAAAUCUCCCGCAGAUCGAAUCUGUGCAGAGCGUCGCGGAGCGUCGGCCGCUGCGGCAGAAACAGCGCCAUUGUUUGGAUGCGCAGCGGAACGGGAGGCUCCAGGCCGGGCUGAGAGCGCUCAGAGCCGGCAGCCAGCAUGCUGCCUCCGCCGCUGCUCGCCGCCCUGCUGCUCGGCUCGGUCCAGGUUUCCUCGGCGUUUCAGGUGUCCACCAAUCAGGAGGGACUGAUUGUGGCGGCGCUGGAGCGCGGCGACCUUCAGGACAACGUCACAGCGUAUGCGGUGCAGAUCUCAGGAGAACCUCGGCUGGUUCUGGUUCCGUUCAUUAACACCAGCGAGCCGCUGCUGUUCAACGCGUCAUUCCACGGCCUCUGCUACACGGUGGGGCUACUGGUCAACCUGGGACGGAGCUGGUCCCGACCCAUGAAGAGCGUUCCCGUUCUCACAAAGCCACUUCCUGUCCGUGCCGCGUACAUAUCUGACUACAGAGAGGCUCCAGAAACCGGCGUUGUGUUCGACAUUGACCCACCAGUCAGAACCGUGUUCAGCCGGGUCAACAUCAGCUACACGGAGGGUCUGGAGCGCCGCUCCAUGCUCUAUAAAGAUUUCUACAAAGGGAAGACGGUGUUCAAGCACUGGCUGCCAGGCGUGUGCUACCGGAACAUCACCUUCCAGCUCAUCUCCGAGGCGACGGCGCUGCAGACGGCGCUGACCAGCCACAGCGACGUCACACACAGCCCGCUGCACCACCGCACAGUGCCCUUCCCGCCCCUCAACGUCUCCCACAAGGUGCUGUCCCUGAGCCGCCGGGCCGCAGCGGGCGGGCGUGAGGUGGCGGCCGGCCGGCGGUCGGCCCGCCGGGCGCGGGAUGUCCCACUGAUGGAGGAGGCCGAGACACAGCCUGAGGAGGACGUCGUCUUCGAAGAGGAGGAAGCGACUCCUCGGGUUUCCUUCAAUGCAGCUCAGAACGUGACGGAGAGUGUCGCCAUUAGCAACGGCAGCCGCUUGGAGGAGGCGGAGCCUCAGAGCUACUGGCUGGACCCCACGGAGAUCUCGCCCGCUGACAAAGAUGAGGAGUUCGUCAACGCCUUGGUGUCGGAGUACGAGGACUCCAAUGAGCCGGGGUCGGCCAUGGCGGUGCCAGCCGAGGUUCCAGUUCUGCCCACCAGGCUGCCCCCCGUCCUGCUGGAGCUUCGCUGGCUGCCCCCACGACCUCCAACCUCCUAUGACGGCUUCAACGUCUACAUCUACAGAGACGGGAACUCCACAGAGAUGGCGACUGUGGACGAGAACACGCACGAGUUCUUCACAGAGCUGACAGAGCCAGGAACGUACCGAAUCCAGGUCACCACGCUGAGUUCGUCUGGAGACUGUGAGGCCCGGGAGAGCAGCGCCGACACCGGCUUCACCUUCUACCUCAGUCCCAGCGGCGAGCUGUUGGAGGAGCUGCGUGAGCGUCCUCAGGGCGUCAGCGUCAGGCUGCUGGACUCCAGCACCGCCGCCGUUUCCUGGGCUCCGUCCCCUCAGAGCCACAACGGCAGCCUGGUGUCGGUGGUGUCCACCACUUGCCUGAAGCCCAGCCUGAGCCAGAGGAUGGAGAACGCCUACUGCAGCGAGGAGAACUCGACCAGUGACAUCAUCAGCAACCUGACGCCCGGCGCCCAAUACCGCGUGGUCGUCUACCACACCAACGGCCCUCUGACCAGCCCGCCGUCCGAACCAGUCAUCAUUGACAUCGAGCCCACAGGUGUGCGGGAGCUGGCGGUGUACCCGCUGGGCCCCACGGCGGUGGUCCUCAGCUGGCAGCGGCCGUACCAUGUGGCCUUCAGGAAGUACAUCCUGCAGACGUUCUUCUUCAACCCCGUCACGUUGGCGUCCGAGUGGACCACCUACUACGAGAUUGCUGCCACCGCCUCCGUCAUCGCUACCGUGAGAGUGACCGACCUGCUGCCCGCCUGGUACUACAACUUCAGGGUUUCCAUGGUAACCUGGGGCGACCCGCCGCUCACCUGCUGCGACAGCUCUACGGUCAGCUUCGUGACAGCUCCGGAGGCGCCCCACAUCUCGUUGGUGGAUUACUCCCAGGGGGUUCUGGUGGUCCGGUGGACCUACGGCGAGCUCUUCAUCGACCUGAGCCACUCCAGGAUGCUGCACUGGCAGGUGGAGGCUGUGGGCAAGAAGGGGCCACAGAGGAGAUACUCAGUAGACGUGACCCGGAACGCGAUGCAGGCCAGCCUGCCGCUGCCGCCGGGAGACAUCUACAACCUGACGGUGACAGCGUGCACGGAGCGCAGCAGGAACACGUCUGUUCCCAGCAUCAUCAAACUGGAACCGGCCCCUCCCCGCCUGUUGCUCGCCGUCAACGCUACGCACUCGUCCAUCACGCUGCUGUGGAGCGAGGACGGCGUGGUGGACUACUACCAGGUUCUGUGCCGACCCAACUGGGCCAGCAAGGAGCUGAAGGCCGGAGAGCCCAUCACCUCCACCGCUCAGGUUCUGACCGUUUCGGGUCUGGUUCCGUCGUCCAGCUACAACUGCAGCGUGACGAGCUUCAGCUACAGCUCAGCCAGCCGGCCGGCCCGCAUCACCGUCACCACUGCAGCCAAAGAGAUGAACCCGAGCAUGGCGGCCAUCUCGGCGCUGGCCGUGCUGAGCCUCCUGCUCAUCAGCCUUCUCGUCCUCUUCCUGCUCGUCCUCCGCAAGAAACACUUGGAGAUGACCAGGAACUGCAGCGCCGAGACCUUCGUUAACUUCGCCUCGUUUGAGCGAGACGGGAAGCUUCCCUACAACUGGCGAAGAAGCCUCUUUGCCUUUCUUACCCUCCUGCCAUCCUGCCUUUGGACUGACUAUCUUUUGGCUUUUUAUAUUAAUCCGUGGUAAGUAAGCGCCUGCUGCACUUUGGGGCAUGUUCACCCGCCACAGUCCAUCGCUCACAGUUUGAACUCAGAGACGCUCAGAUCAGCCUGGUGUGUGUUAAUUCUUCCACAGUCUCUUGGAGUCCCUCAGAGCUCUGAACCAGGAACUGGGUUGUCCUCUGUGAACGGAGGAAAUGAACUCCAUGGUGUUCAUCAGGGCUGCAUUCUUGGCCCUCAAACACAUUUAUCCAGAAGUUUUUACUGUUUGCUUUUGCUUCAUGGAAACCAUUGAAACAGCAGGAGUUUACUUUUCUCUGCUGAUCAGUUUUCUCAAAUAAAAACAAACUUUUUUAUAUAAUUGUAACUUUAUAAAUUGGUGAUUUGGAUGUUUUGGCCAUUUUCAACAGAUUUUUCAAGAGAAAAGUUUAAAUAACCUGAAGUUUUAUCAUUAUUUCUUUCAUUUGGCUUUUUUAAGACCAGCAGAAACGACUUCAUGACGUGAGCCAGUGCGUUCCUGUUGGAUCGUUUGCUCAGUAUUUCAUGAUUUUCUGAAAAUAUCAUGUAAAUCCUGAUAUUUUUGUGGCUGUUCAGACACACCAGACUCUGCAGCGUCGACAUUCCUCCCUCUGGAAAGUGUUAGCAUCGCGCUGAACUGUGGCGGAUCGUUCCGACACGGCGGACGUCCGCAGCAUGAUGCUGACUCUGCUUCGCCGCAUGCCGUCAGUCACUCAGUAGCUCAGGCUCUGUAGAUAUGCAUGAUCCUGGUUUCUUGCGAAUCCAGAGGCAUUUCAAAGUAAAAGCAUGAAUGGCUUAGAGUAAAGUCCAGCCUGAUGGAGCCGGUGCCAGGCAGGUAAUGGGUUCGGGUUCGGCCGUCUGCAUGGUGGUGAUCUCAUGUUUGGCUUCUUCUCUGAAAGGUAUCUGGAAGCCUGUGGCUGAAAAAAACGUUUCUUCAAGAAAGAAAUUAUUUUCUCAUAUUUUGUUCUGGUGAAACAUUUCACCGACUUGUUACCGUGAUAAUUAAACUUUUUUUAUGAACUAAAAUAUAGCUAGAAAGUAUAGAUUUAAAAUUCUGUUUGUAAAAAUCAAAGAAAACAAAUCUGUUCCCAAAUUCAACUUUUUAGUAUAAAUGAAAGUGUUUUAUGAUGUAAAAGCAGACAGAUGGAAACUUGCAGCCACAGGCUUCCUGCCUGUGUUUCUACCGUAUUUCCUCUAAUAGAGG